UGAUAACUUGAUGGUGAAACAGAGAUGGAAGAGAUAGCAGAGCGAACAGAAGAGGCUGUUGACUCAGUCCUCCUAGGCGCUGAUGACGUCACACACUCCCUUCAUGACGUCACAUAUGAUGUCGUCAUAAAGACGUCCACGUUUAUCGCCUCCUAUCUUAUCUACUUGCUUAUAAUGUGCAUCGUGCUUGAUUUCUGGGACAAGUUGAAAGAGCCUACUAAACAGUUUCUCCGGUCAAAGAUUGAGAAGUACGUCGACCAGCGGACAUUGACAGAGUUCUUCAAACAAUAUACAGACAGACGAACUAAAGGACAGGAUAGGGACACUCCCCCUGAUCAACUAGUAGUCGAGAACAAGAAUAGCCUCAUAUUAGCUGAGACACAAUCGGAAGCGCAGAUUAUAACAGAACAGCAAGUUGAUGCACCUGCAAGUGAAGAGUGGGAUUCUGCAAGUCAGGAGAAUUAUGAUGAUCCGGUAACAGCCGCAGAAGUCAGUGAAGUUGAUGAUAAGGAAACAGUCGUAGAGAAAGAAGAUUUUGAUCGGUUAGAAGUUGCAGAGAAGGAAGAUGAAGAUCAAAUAACAGCCGUAGAGAAGGAAGAUGAAGAUCAUGUAGGAAAUCUUGUGGAUAUCGAAGAUGAUAGUCAAAUUAUAGCAGCUGUAGAGAAGGAAGAUGAGGAUCAAAUAUCAGCCGUAGUUGAUGAUGUCCAGCUAUUGGUUGAUGUUGACGAUCAGGUUACUGCAGUAGAAAAGGAAGAUGAUCAAAUAGCAGCCGUAGUUGAGAAGGAAGAUGAUGUCCAGCUAUAUGUUGAUGUUGACGAUCAGGUUACUGCAGUAGAAAUGGAAGAUGAUCAAAUAGCAGCCGUAGUUGAGAAGGAAGAUGAUGUCCAGCUAUUGGUUGAUGUUGACGACCAGGUUACUCCUGUAGGAGGGGAAGAUGAUCAAAUAGCAGCCGUAGUUGAGAAGGAAGAUGAUGUCCAGGUAUUGGUUGAAGUUGACGACCAGGUUACUCCUGUAGGAGGGGAAGAUGAUCAAAUAGCAGCCGUAGUUGAGAAGGAAGAUGAUGUCCAGGUAUUGGUUGAAGUUGACGACCAGGUUACUCCUGUAGAAGGGGAAGAUGAUCAAAUAGCAGCCGUAGUUAAAAAGGAAGAUGAUGUCCAGGCAUUGGUUGAAGUUGACGACCAGGUUACUCCUGUAGAAGGAGAAGAUGAUCAAAUAGCAGCCGUAGUUGAGAAGGAAGAUGUUGAUCAUAUUACUGCCGUAGUUGAGAAGAAAUAUGAUGUCCAGGAAGAAAAUCUCGUGGAUAUCGAAGACGAUAGUCAGAUAGCAGCUGUAGAGGGUGAGACAGGGAGAGGGCAGGAUAACUGUGAAGAAAUUUCUGGUGUGAUUGAAGAAGAUAACCAACUUGUUAGCGGAGAUAAAGAUAAGCCGUUGAGCGAAGCAGAAGUUGAAAUCUUUGUCCAGGAUACCAUCAGCAAGGCUGUCCAGCAGUACCAGUCCGAGAAACAAUCUAAAGAUGCUUAAUUAAGCAACAUACCAGACAUUGGAAAAUUGACUAUGAAUAAAUUUUUGGAGUUUUAAACUCAUUUUAAAGUUUGCUAUUGUAUUUUAAUGGUGUAAAAUUUUAACUGCGCUGUCGAUUAAAUGCUGUCGAAAUAGCUGCACUUCUUGGGCAUGAUUCGAGAUUUUUCCGGAUUUAUCACAAGAACUUUAAAAUUUGGUGUUGGCAUGUUUUAUCUAUGUCUCAUUUGAUAGACUUGGUCUUAUCUUACUUUGGUUGAGAUUCGAUUCAAA